AUGAAAAUGAACUUCAAAAAUGAAUUAAUUAAAAAAAAGAGGAAUUUAAAUUCAAACAUUGAUUUCAAUGAUCAAUGGUGGACCACUUCUUUCCUUUUAAAAACUAUUACACUAUUCUAUUUAGGUAAUCCCGAUGAGUUCAAUGAAUUUAACAAGUUUAGUGCUAGUUGUUGGUUAAUUGAAUCAUUUAUAAAUUUUAAAACAGGUUUGAAACAGGAAAUUACCUCAAACAAUCAUGAACAAUCCAAUUGUUAUGAAUAUCAUAUCAUAUCAAAUCAAAUCAAAUCAAUUCAUAUCACUAAACUUAAUUAUUUAGUUCAACAGCAAUAA